AUGGGGAACUGCACAUCUAGCUGUUUUAUCCAGGUUUCGGACAUGGCCAAAGUAAUCGAUGCUCAAGGGAAGCUGAGGAAAGUGAAGCUCCCUGUGAAGGCAGCAGAGAUCAUGCUCGACGAACCUGGUCGCGUCAUCUCUCCCGUGGAAGAGCUGAAACGAACUCGCUGCGUCGUCCCAAUGCGAGCUGACGAUGAACUGCUGGCGGCUAAAGCUUACGUUUUGGUUCCUAUACAAAGGGUGAACUGCAAAGUUACGGAUGUGGAUGUGGCGAUCAUAGAAGCUGCUUGUAGCGGAAAGAAAAGGGCAAAAAGUGGUGCUAAGGUUUUGCCUGAGUUGAGAGAGGAAGAGAGGCAAGUAGAUCCGGUUUUGGCUGUCCCUGGGUGCCGGAAAGGGAAUUACAGGCCCUGGACUCCUGUUUUGGAACCAAUUUCUGAAGUGCUCUGA